AUGGAGGGAUCCAAUGUAUGCGCCGCCACUGCCAGCCACGUUCGCUGCUGCUCCCGAAGACUUUCCGACGAGGUACCUAUACCACCAAAAUCGUCUCCUCCGGAUCGACUGGAAUCCGAAAAAGCCACUGUCAACCGCCAAACGUGUGGUCGUGCGUCCACUGCCCCCCGUUGUCGCUAUUUUUCUUGCCGAACUCGUUUUCUGGUCCUCUUUCCAGAUUUGCUCUCGAUUUUUCGUUCCAGGCCGUCAAAUAUCAUGGGAGAUACCGAUUCCGUCACGUUCACUAAAGUUCCACUUAUUCCGUGUGAGAAACUAAUCAGAACAAUAAAUUAUAACAUAUGGGCUGGUGCCGUCAAGAUGUGGUUUCACGGUCAGGGAUAUGAGAAUCAUUUAACUACAAAAGUUGAUUCUAUUCCCGCCGCGAAACGCGAUAAGUGGAAACAAACUGAUGCUUCUCUAUGCAUUGUGUUAUGGUUUUCCAUAGCAACUAAUCUCCAAGCACAGUACCAAGCCUUUACCACUUGCUAUGAGGUUUGGGAAAAGGCUAAGAAAGUCUUCUCAAAUGAUGUCUGUUAG